AUGGGUCCUGAGCGCAGAGAGGCUCUCAUCAAUGAAGAAUAUGCUCAGUUCUGCAACGUCGUCAUCACCGAGGAAGGCAAGAAAAAAUUCGCCUGCACUCGGUGUAUAAAACAAUACGAUGAGCGAAAGCGCUGGACCGCGCACUACAAGACCGUGCACUUGCAGUAUCCGAAGAAAAAAACGCAUCCCUGCGUCAUUUGCAGAGAACAAGUAAAACCCGGGAACAGAUGGAGGCAUAUGGAGGAACGUCACGGGUGGAAAGCCCCAACUUGUCCUGACUGCGGCAAAAAAUUCUCCUAUCCUAGCCAAGUGCCCGCACAUCAGAGAGAGGUCCACAAUCGUCUGGAGAACCUCACGUAUGUAUGCGAUCAGUGCGGUGACAAGUUUCCCAGCUUGCCAAGGCUAAAACAACAUGAAAUUAAACAUUCAGAUGUAAAGAAUUACAAGUGUAACAAAUGCCCAAAGGCAUUUAAAACUAUCACUUAUUUGAAACAACAUUUGGUUCGACAUUCGGAUAUCAAAAGGCAUAUCUGUGACAAAUGUGGGGCCGCAUUCGUUAACUACAAGGAUUUGUACGCGCACGCCACUGCUAAGCACGUUAUUGGGAAGAAUUUCCAAUGUCAGAUGUGCCCCAAAGCCUUCAAAACUCGAAGAGUAUUGAAAGUUCACGAGAAAAUACAUACGGGAGAUAAAAAACACAAGUGCCCUGUGUGUGACAAGGCGUAUGUGCAGUCAAACAAUUUGAAGUAUCACAUUGCCAAGAAUCAUCCAGAAAUAGUUGUUGAAACAGAAAAACUAUCGAUAUUAGGACCUUAG